AAAAUCUUUAAAUCAUUUAAAUCUACUCUCUAGUGUUUCCCUUGUGGUUUUACUGUAUAAUAUCACCGGCAGUGAAAUAACUUCCGCGCAAUAACCAGCUAUUUUCCAUCUUUUUUUUCUUCGAAUCCUCUUCUCCGACUUUAUUUGUCAUCGCGGAAAUUAAGAGACCUAACCUUUUUUUUUUAAUCAAAACCAAUCUAAUCCCUUGCAACAGUACAAUGGGUGGAACUGUUUCAAAAGCUUUAGCAAAGAUCUUUGGUAAUAAAGAAAUGCGCAUCUUGAUGCUUGGUCUGGAUGCUGCCGGUAAAACAACGAUUUUAUAUAAAUUAAAACUUAAUCAAUCCGUAACAACAAUUCCUACAGUCGGUUUUAAUGUAGAAACGGUGACAUACAAAAAUGUUAAAUUUAAUGUUUGGGACGUUGGUGGUCAAGAUAAAAUUCGUCCAUUAUGGCGUCAUUAUUAUACUGGUACUCAGGGACUUAUAUUUGUGGUUGACUCUCAAGAUAAAGAUCGAAUAGAUGAAGCUCGUCAAGAGUUACAUAAAAUUAUUUCAGAUCGCGAAAUGAGAGAUUGUUUAUUAUUAGUAUUCGCCAACAAACAAGAUUUACCGGGAGCCAUGUCUCCUGCAGAGGUAACCGAAAAACUUGGUUUACAUCGCAUGAAAGAACGUUCUUGGUAUGUCCAUCCUUCUUGCGCAACUACUGGGGAGGGGUUAUUUGAAGGAUUGAAUUGGUUAAGUCAGAAUGUCAAAACAAAAUAAAAUUUCCCCGUAAGGUUAUUUAUUAUUCUUUUCUGGGAAUAAACCGACAUGUAGAUUAGAAUAAAAGGAUUGGCUGGACCUAUGAAAUCAAUCAUUUAUACACGGGUCGAGCUUUUUUUUUACAUAAUUUAUCAUCAAUUAAUUGCAUUAAUUUAUUAUAUAAAUCAGUUAAAAAAACAUUAUUUAUUUAUUUAUUUACUUAUUUAUUUAUUUAUUUAUUUAUAUUUUUUUUUUUAAGAU